AUGUUAUUACACGAGUAUAGGAUAUGCUUGCCAUUUACCGUUGAAGAAUAUCAUAUUGGACAACUGUAUAUGAUAUGUAAACAUUGCGAAGUUGAAACCAGUAAAGAGGAUGGUGUGGAAGUUGUAAGAAAUGAACCGGUCACUAACGAAAAUGGUGUUGUUGGUCAAUUGACCGAAAAACGAUUAUACCUAUCAAGUCGUCUACCAGCAUGGAUGCGUUCCCUUAUUCCUAAUGUAUUUUAUAUAACUGAAAAAGCCACAAAUUUUUAUCCUUAUACCACCACCGAGUAUACCUGUUCCUUUUUACCACGCUUUUCAAUUGUCGUUGAAACAAGAUACGAAGAUAAUAAUGGAACGACAGAUAAUUGUCAUCAACUAUCGUCCGAUGACUUGGCCGUUCGAAAAUUGGAGUAUUUAGAUAUCGCCAUCGAACCAGUACCAGCUUAUAAAUAUAAAGAAAGUGAGGAUCCAUGUAAAUUUAAAUCAGAAAAAACAGGUCGUGGACCAUUGAUGCCUGGUUGGAGAGAAUAUACGAAACCCAUCAUGUGCGCUUAUAAAACUAUUCGAGUCCGUUUUGAAGUUUGGGGAUUUCAAACACGUGUUGAAGAUUUUGCACAGCGUGCUGUACGUGAUAUUCUCACACUUGCACAUCGACAAGCAUUUACAUGGAUGGAUGAAUGGUAUGGAAUGACUCUCGAACAAGUUCGAGAAUAUGAACGUGAAAUGUUCCAUCGUACAAAUAAAAAAGUCUUACCAACAUCUGCAUCGAUGACGAUCAAUACUAGUUCUGAUUAA